AUCCAAAUGGAUAGGCCUCGAACUUCUUCCUCCUCUCUGUCGCAUCGCGGUUUGGCUCCUUUGGUUCUCACUCUCUUACUGUUCUCAAAGCUUGUGCGAUGGUUUGCAAUUUGUAGCCACCAAGAAACUGAGAAAUGGAUAGGACAUCAAUGGAAGUUGCAGAAAAACAUCCUUUAUCUGGCUAUGCUCUUGGGCCACCGUGGUUAUUCAAAGGCAGUGCAUUGUACCAACUCCAUCUCGUGAAAGCAGAAACUGCUCGUACUUUCAUCCCGAAGGAGUUCAAACUGGUUGAAGCCUUUGGGUAUACUCUUGGAGGCUUCUUCCUUGCUCAUUAUGAUGAUAGCCCAGCGGCAAUGUUUGAUGAGCUUGUGGUAAUAGCUGGUAUCGUCUGGAAUCCCCCAACUUCGUGCGCGUGGGCUGCGAGAGUAAUUGUAAACAGUCAUGAAGCAUGCAGGCAUGGAAAAAAGGAAGUAGGGCUCCCUAGUCAUGUAGGCAUUUUCUGUGAGAGAUCUGUUGAAACAAGAGAAGAACCAUUAAAUAAUAAGUUAAAUCGGUUCCUUAAUAUGAUUGGCAUCAAUUCCAACUGCUGUGUUCCAAAGGAGUGCACGAAGAUCGAAGUAUUCGAGAGAAGGGAUUCUGCUGUAAUGUCACUGUGUAGCAUUAGCCUUCCAUAUGUUGUGCCAAAAUCAGAAACAAAUAAGAAAUGGAUGGGCCCAAAGAUUAGAAUGUUGCUCCCUAGCUUUAGUGGACGAACACAACACAAUCCUCACCUUCUCAAGUACUGCUGCCAGAUUGACUGCAGGAUACGAGCAGUGAAUACAGCAAAAAUAUCAGGACCAGGACCUCUUGAUGGUGCCAACAGUUGGGACGAAAAUGAACCUGGUGACGAAAAUCAGCUCACAGAGCUAUCUGCUGCAGAAGAGAAUGAAGUGGACCAGUGCAUUUCAGUUCUACUGUCAAAACCCAUCUUGGCCCUACAGUUCAAUCUUCUGAAAAUGCAGGUAGAGGCUCCCACUGUUGUUGAUCCUCACUCCAAAAAGCCUGAAGUUGGCGAUUCAAGAACUUGAUUUAGAACAUUUUUCUACUAAAGUGGAAAAUGCAUUGUUGGCAGCUUGGUUUCUAUCUCCUCCUGUCCGCUAGAAGGGAUGCAUCUGGUGAAGUUUCUAGAUCUUCUUACAUAAGAAAAGCUCUCUCUUUUGAAAUAAGGGUUGCUUCUUGAUAUUUGUUCGAUUUGUAAUACUGUCUACUGAUUACUAAUUUCAAGUGAAGGGUCUAGGCCUUGAGACUCCUUGUUUAAAGAAUAGCUGUGCAGAUAUAUUUCUUUUAUAAACUGUUAUUUGAUAAGGUUACUCUUUUUUCA